CCCCCACCCAGGAACAUGAAGGGCCUUUCCGGCGGCCGGCCAGGCCACCUCCAGCUCCAGCUCUCCUCCUCCGGACACCACACCUGCGGCCUACAGGCUGACUGCGACCCCUCCCUGGAUCACCUCCACCACGGCCCUGUGUCGGCAGGCCCCGAGUCCCGGUCCCCAUCUUACCUCCUCAGCCCCACCGAGAGCUGCCCCCUGGAGCACCAUCGCUGCUCGCCGCGGAGCUCCAUCCACUCAGAGUGCAUGGUGAUCCCCAUGGCCAUGUCGGCUACCGACCACUCUGUCUCCAGCAGCACCUUCCCCAGGAUGCACUACGGCAACAGCUCGCGGGAAAGUGGUGGCGGCGGCAGCAGGGAAUCGCGGGAGCGGGACGACGGCGGCUCGUCGUCUCACGGUGGUGGUGGUGGAGGCGGCGGCGGGGGCGGCGGCGGGGGCGGGGGUAGCGGCAAGAUGAACCGCAUCCCCGCCAAUCUGCUGGACCAGUUUGAGAAGCAGAUGCCCCUGCACCGGGACGGCUUCCACACUCUGCAGUACCAGAAGACCUCCACCACCACCACCGCAGAGCAGCGCAACGAGAGCCCCGGACGCAUCCGCCACCUGGUCCACUCUGUCCAGAAGCUGUUCACCAAGUCCCACUCCUUAGAAGGUUCCUCCAAGAUGAACGGCACCAAAGGAGACUCUCACCGAGAAGGCUCCCACCAUCACCAUCACCAUCACCACGGGCACAGCCACCACAAACACUCCAAACGUAGCAAGAGCAAAGACCGUAAGUCGGAGGGCGGCAGCGCCAAGCAUCGCUCGGGUGGCUGGUGGAGCUCUGACGACAACCUGGACAGCGACAGCACGUACCGCACGCCCAGCGUCAUGUCCCGACACCCGGCGGACCACAUGAGCCACUGCUAUCCCGACUCGGUGCACUCUGGCCACAUGGGGGAGCUGUCUCUCAAGACGUCGAAGAGCAACAACGACGUCAAGUGUUCGGCGUGCGAGAGCAUGGCCAUGGCACCCGAGGGGAAGUUCAUGAAGAGGAGUUCGUGGUCCACGCUGACGGUGAGCCAGGCCAAGGAAGCGUACCGCAAGUCGUCGCUCAACCUCGAGAAACCCAUGACCCCCACCGACCUCAAACCCAGCCUCAGACCCUGCCACUUCCUACAGGUGCCCCAGGAUGAGUGGGCGGGCUACCCUGGGGGGGGCAAGGAUGACGAGAUCCCCUGUCGGAGGAUGCGAAGCAGCAGCUACGUCAAAGCCAUGGGCGACGAGGAGAGCGGAGAGUCUGACUCCAGUCCCAAGACCUCCCCACAGAAGAGUAUCCGGCCGGAUGCCCUGGUCAAGGCUAUUGCCCAGCGACCAAGAGAAAUGUUAGACUCCCAGAGCUUUUACCGUUUGGAUAAAAUGAACAGUGACGUGCGUAACUACAUCACCAAUUUUGCUGCAGACUUAAGUCAGAGCUACCACUUGCAAGCCACCAGAGAUAUGCACCCCAGCAUGGCUCUGGAACCCGCCAUAAACUACAACUCCCAAGCACCCCAGUUUCGCUCAAGGAACCAGAGCUACAUGCGGGCUGUCAGCACGCUCAGUCAGGCUAGUUGUGUAAGCCAAGUUAGCCAGGUCAGCGAGACGGAGAUGAAUGGUCAGUUUGAAUCUGUGUGUGAGUCGGUGUUCAGCGAGGUGGAGUCCCAGGCUAUGGAAGCCUUGGACCUGCCUGGCUGCUUUAGGACCAGAAGCCACAGCUACCUGCGGGCCAUCCAGGCUGGGUACUCCCAGGAAGACGACUGCAUACCUUCCAUGGCCUCCUCCACUGUCACAUCCACCAUCAGGUCCACUACAGGGAUCCAGUUCCGUCUCCCCUCAACCUCCAGCAUGGAUGGGACCCCCCUGCAGCCCCCAGCCAUUGCCUACACUUCCAACUACAAGAAGACCCCUCCACCUGUGCCGCCCCGCACCACCUCCAAGCCCCUCAUCUCCGUCACCGCCCAGAGCAGUACUGAGUCCACCCAGGACGCCUACCACGAAGGCAGGCACCCUCAUGGAAGGCCCUGGACCACAGACGGCCUGGGGCUGGGCCUGGGGCUGAGCCUCGGCCGGGCCCUCUACAACUCCACAGACAGCCUGGAUAGUGCUAAGGCCGUGUCCAUAGCCAUGGAGGCAGCGGUGAUGGCAGGGAAGAGACACCCAUCAACAGACAGCCACAGUUCGGUGAUGACCUGUGAUAAGGCCAUACUGGUGUCCAGGGCUGAGGAGUACCUGAAAACCCCGAGGUCAUCUAUAGGGAUACAGGUGGAGGCCGCCACUGACUCUGAGUCGGAAAGCAAAGGAUCGCGGGAGUACCAUUCUGUUGGGAUCCAAGUGGAAGACGUAAAACGGCAAGGCAGGUUCAAGCGCUCCAACAGUGUGACGGCGGGCGUGCAGGCGGACCUCGAGCUGGAGGGUUUCCCAACCAUGGAGGACAAGGGUCUGCAGUUUGGCGGGGGCUUCCAGCGCCACUCUGAGCCCAGCACGCCCACCCAGUACGGGGUCGUCCGCACCGUGCGCACCCAGGGCCUUUUCAGCUACCGGGAAGACUACCGGACCCCCACCGAGCCCCCCAGCCCCAGGGAGACCACCAGCGAAACCACCUGGACUCUGGAGCCCCCGUCCCCCAGGGAGGGGGCCUCAUCGGGGGGAGAGUCUGGGCGUGCGUCCCCCUCUCUGCGGAGAGACGGGAGCUGGUUCAUGCAGCUGCUCCACACGGAGACCAAGAGGAUGGAGGGAUGGUGUAAGGAGAUGGAGGCAGAGGCCGAGGAGAAUGACCUGUCUGAGGAGAUCCUGGGUAAGAUCCGGAGUGCGGUGGGUAGUGCUCAGCUCCUCAUGUCUCAGAAAUUCCAGCAGUUCUACUGGCUGUGUCAGCAGAAUCUGGACCCCAGUGCCAUGCCCCGCCCCACCUCUCAGGACCUGGCAGGGUUCUGGGACCUGCUGCAGCUCUCCAUCGAUGACGUCACCAUGAAGUUUGAUCAGCUGCAAAAGAUAAAGAGUAACAACUGGAGGCUCGUUGAGAGCCCAGAGAAGAAGGUGGGAGGUGCUGCUAGUCCUCCACCUGCUGUACCAAAGAAGACUGUAAGACAGAAGAGCAUGGUGACGCGGGAAAAAUCGCUCGACCUUCCCGACCGACACCGUCAGGAGGCCCGCCGGCGGCUCAUGGCUGCCAAGCGUGCAGCGUCCUUCCGGCAAAACUCUGUGUCGGAGCGCGCCGACAGCAUUGAGAUCUACAUCCCCGAGGCACAGACCCGCCUUUGAGAAGACACGGGUGUGGACGAACACAGAGACAUUGGCAUCUUCAUACUCUUUUACGUCCCUUACGACAACUUUAACUAACCUUUUUCUAGACCACUGCUCCACACUGUCGUCAAAUCAUCAUUUAGUCUCUCAGUGUCCAUAUACUGUACAAGCCUUCACUUAAUCUGAGAUGUACCCAAAUAUCUUCUCCUUUGCCAAUUACAUUUUCUGGGCAUUUCGUCAGAUUUAUUUGAGAACAUGCCGUUUUCUACUCUAUCAAUGGUCUGAGACCGGCCAAAUAUUCUCCUCGGAAAACAGGAUUUUGGAAUUAUAUAAUUUCCUUCUGACCUGCCCUCCAUGUGGUACAAAUCCCUAGCGUGUUCUUAUGCUGUUCGUAUACCGUGCCCAUAACACAUCUUCUGACAUUUACAUGAAGCAGAAAACAUGCAAGUCUUGUGCCAGCGUUUUUUCAUCGUAUCAUUGCAGUGAGUAAUAAAUAGUUCUGAGAGAUUUUGCGUAGCUCUGUAUAUCAAAUAUGUGUAGACAAAAUGCACUUUUGCACUAAAAUUCUCUGUAUUUCCAAGGGAAAUGUAAAUAAUCAA